AUGGCCGAUAGCCAUUAUUCUCGGAGCUAUGGAGGCUGCGGCGGUACACCAGAGGCCGCCGCCGUUGGGUUGGCGGCAGCGGAGACGUUGUACGACGUGCUCUCUCUGCCGGCUGGAGCCGAUGCUCGGGAAAUCAAGGCGGCGUUCCGUCGACUGGCGCGGCGGCGCCACCCGGACGUUGUACCGCCGGAGGGGCGAGCGGCCUCGGGGGAGGAGUUCAAGAGGAUCCUCGCCGCCUACUCCAUCCUCUCCGAUCCCGACGAGCGCGUCAAGUACGAUCGCCAGCUGACAGCGGCGGAGGCCCGCCGGAGAACCUGCUGGAGCUCCUUUAGUCGUUCGUACUCCGCCGGCUUCUCCCGGAGGACAUGGGAGACCGACCAGUGCUGGUAG